CUUUACUGCAUUAGAUAAAACUUUUGGCAUUCUUAGGAAAUUGCGGAUAGAAGAAAAUGGCUAAAGAUAGGAAGAUAGGGGUGGCAAUGGACUUCUCAUGCAGCAGCAAGAGCGCUCUUAGAUGGGCUAUAGAUAACUUGGCGGACAAAGGAGACACCUUUUACAUCAUCCACAUCAACCCUAGCUCUUCCAAUGACUCUACCAACACUCACUUGGCCCAAUCUGGCUCUCCUCUUAUUCCUUUGGCACAGUUUAGACAGCCCGAGAUUAUGAACAAGUACGACGUUAAAGUUGAUAUUGCAGUUCUUGACAUGCUUGACACUGCUUCUAGACAAAAAGAGAUACAAGUUGUGUCAAAACUGUAUUGGGGAGGAGAUGCUAGAGAAAAAAUACUUGACGCUAUUGAAAAUCUAAAGCUUGAUUCUUUGGUUAUGGGAAGCAGAGGACUUGGAACGCUUCAAAGGAUCAUCUUGGGGAGUGUAAGCAACUACGUUUUGACAUAUGCUCCUUGCCCUGUUACCAUUGUUAAGGAGCCACCAUCAAGCUCCAGCUAGCACUGAUAAUGUUUUGAGUAGUUUCUAAUUUGGUUUUAUCGAAAAUAAUUUGAUCAACAAAAACUGUGUGCUUUGUAUCAACAACGAUCUUCUGCUGUUACUGUUUAGUUGAUCAUGUUUAAUAAGCAGUCUUAAAUGUGGUACUUUAGCAGUUAA